UAGAAAGGUAAGCAAUCGAAGCUACCAUUAGAGGCAGAAAAAAGAAAGACAGUGAAAAUCACUGACCCAGAAAGCUAGCCUCCUUAACUAGCAGUGCAUCACUUGCUUGCAUUGUGAAGCAAAAUCUCUCUCUCUCUCUCUCUAUAUAUAUAUAUACACUCCAAAGGUUGUGAUUUGUGAAGAUUAUUUUGGGAAUUGCAAGCAUUACAUGCUUUGAUAGCAGUUCUUCUCUUCCUUCUUCUAUAUAUAUGCUGUAGCAAUCAUCAUGCCUUGCCUAUUCUACUGAAAGGGAGGAUUUAGAUAUCAUCAUCACAUUCAUAAUUUGUGAUUUUGACCCAAAAAGAAGCUGGAAUGAAGGGAAGAUUCUUGUGCUUUCUGAUUGUUCUCCAAUCAGUGAGUUGGGUUUCUGUAGCUAAGAGGCCUUUUUCUCCAGAUCAUGCCAUGUCCCAUCCAGGUACAAAUGAGUCAGCAGCACCAAAGUAUCCACCACCCUAUACUACUAUAGAGUCAGAAAAGAAGAUGAAGUCAUUGGAAAAUUGGAAAGCAGUGAAGAAAAUAGGGUCAAGUCCACCAAGCUGUGAGCACAAGUGCUAUGGUUGCACACCAUGUGAAGCCAUUCAAGUUCCCAGCACCGGCAAGCGCACCCAUUUAGCCAUUCACUACGCCAAUUAUGAGCCUGAGAGCUGGAGAUGCAAGUGUGGUCCCUUCUUCUAUAGCCCAUGAUUAAUUAAUUAAUUCAUUUUGUUCAUAUCAUCAUAUCCAAUUCAAUGUAUAAUUUUAUUUGCUUUUUCUCUCUGUACCAACCACAUAUGUAAAAUACAU